AUGACAGUAAUAAUAGCGUGGAUCGUCCGAAUCGGUUGCGCUGGUUACACAUCAAGAACGGAUCUCAAAAUGAAAAAUCUGCAGAAUGCGCAUGACUGCUACAUGGAGGCAGCUGAUGAGAUGCAACAACUGCCACACGAAAAACAAAUGGCCAAAAUUGAAGAAAAAGUCGAAGCGGCCCAAACAAUCUACCUCAAAGGUCAGAACCAUCUGAUCAAACGCGUACUGCGGUAA